UUUUUUUUUCCCUUUCCUUUCUGAUUUUUUAUUUUGUUGAAAAUAAGAACAUGACAGAUUACAUUAGCAAAUGUUAUGGCGAUCAAGGUGAAAGACUUGUCCAAUUAUUUCAACUGGCUUUUGGAUCUAACGAAGACGAUCAGUACACGGCAGAUACCAUUCUUAUCCAUGGCGAUGCUGGUGUAGGCAAAUCAAAAUGUCUUGACAUUUUAUCUGAAGAAUACGAUUUGAAGAUUUGGCGCACAACACUGGGCGAUUUAGCUUCUGACUAUGAUGGUCGUUUGGCAUUGGGUUUCGACAGGAUAACCUGGAAAGUGAUGAAUGGUACACCAAAUAUAGUGGUUCUUGAAGAUGUGGAUUUAUUUUUCCCUCGAUAUGCAGAUACUCAAGAUAAUGCACUCUUACCAGCUAUGGAACGACUCAUCCAUCAAAUUCAAUUACAUAGAAGAUGUUUACUUAUUGCCACUACAAGAAACCCAACAUGUAUUGAUCUAAAUGCUAAAAGAUUAUUCCAGGAUAUAAUCAAGUUGGAUAUACCUACACCAAAUGAACGAUUAGUCAUGAUGGAUUAUUUAACAACUAGAUGUACUUUGAUCAAACAACCUUUGGAUAUUAUAACCUUAUCAUCCCAAGCACAUGCGUUCGUAGCAUCUAAUUUGGCUCAAUGGUGUAAAUUAGCAGAAGAAAUGGCAAUUCAAGAAUCUUGCUCGGAAGUAACGAAACGUCAUUUUGAUCAGACAUUCUCUCAAGUACAUGUAGUGGGUCAUCAAGGUACUAUGGCUGAAAAACCGGAUCCUGUUAGAUGGACUGAUAUUGGUGGAUUGCAAGAGGCAAAGGAUUCUCUUGAGGAAUCAGCAGUGUGGAUCUAUAAGCAUGCUGAUGCAUAUCAACGAUUAGGUAUUCGACCUUCCAAAGGUGUUUUACUCUAUGGACCUCCUGGGACAGGCAAAACCUUGUUAGCAAAAGCUGUAGCGACCGAAUCAUCUGCCAAUUUUUUACCUGUCAGUGUUCCAGAUUUGAUCAAAGCCGAGGUUGGUGAAUCAGAAAAAGCGUUAGCCAAUAUAUUCCAAACAGCCAUCCGGUGUAGUCCUAGUGUGAUAUUUUUGGAUGAAUUGGAAGCUAUCUUUUCAUCUCGUGAAACAAGUGGAGAUCUAGGUCGAAAAUUGAUAUCUCAAUUCAUGAUUGAGAUGGAUCAUUUGGAUAAAAUACAUCAACAUGUUAUCUUAUUGGGUGCUACCAAUCAUCUUGAAUCUAUUGAUCCUUCCAUCUUAUGUCCUGGUCGACUGGAUCGUUUGGUAUAUAUUGGACCACCUAAUUUGAAAGAACGAUUAGCUAUUUUGCAAGUACUUGGAAAGAAAACACGACUCGGCACAACAGUGGAUUUACAACAAACUGCAGAAAAAACGGAUGGAUAUACGGGGGCUGAUCUCAAAGGUGUGUUACGGAAGGCAGGAUUACUUACUCUGAAACGACAGCAACAACUUGGUAGCAAAUCUGAUCUUUGGAUUGAACAACAAGAUAUCGAUAUAGCUCUCACUCAUGUCACCCCUUCAUUAUUGUAGUCUAUUAUUAUUAUGAUUAUUUUGUAUCAAUACGUAUCAAUACCCUUAUUUUAUACUAGUG